UCCAUAGCAACCUGUCAACCCAGGUCACCUGUGCUUGGUGUGGCAGCUAGACCUACAAUUUAGCUGUGGUAACUUUAUUAGCUUGAAUUUACUUGCUGGAGUUUGGUUGUUUAUAUGUUGCUCACAAGCAGGAGGAAGGAGGAGUAAACAAGCAGGAUGUUUGUCACAGAGGAAAAUAUGACAAUGAAGGAGAUGCUUGAGAAAAUAGCUGAGCUGGAUUACAGUCAAAGCCAGCUGAAGGAACUUAACACUGAGAUGAGGCACUGGCUGGAUGUUGCAGAUGAGGAUAUGGCAGCGCUGCGCUCAGAGAAUGUCACCCUCAGAAAACAAGUGAAAACCCUGGAGAAGAUUGUCAGUGAAGCACAGCAGAUUGAAGCAGAGCCAAGCAGGUCCCUCCUAACGGAUGACCUUGAUGUCAAGAGAUGUAGUGACAGAAAGAUUCAGAAAUUGGAGGAGGAAUCCACCAUGAUGAAGGAACAAAAUAAGAAACUAACUGCAGAGCUUAAGAAACUCCAGCAAGAGAGAGAACAGGACAAGAUAAGCUUGAGCAAAUUCAAGGUUUCACUUCAAACCCUCGAGCUUGGAAUGGAGGAGGCUCAGUUAGGGCUGCUGCACAGGGAUGAGGUUAUUCAAAAGAAAAACCUGAAACUAAAGCACUCAGAGGGAACAGUAGAAGAGUGUUCCAUCAUCAUAAAGGAUCUCAGGCUGACAAAUCAGGAGCUGAGGAAGCAGUUGGAGAACAGACAGGAUGAGGCCAUAUUGUCUGCUCUGAUAGAAGAAAAUGAAGGCUCGCUCAGUCCCCCUCUGUCUUUCGCAGACGAAAUGAAGCUACAGGCUGCUUCAGAUGAACUGAAAACCAGCAUGUCAGACUCCGAACAUCUAAGAAAUGACGAAACUGAGGAGGAGGAGCUGCUGAAACCUCAAAGUCUCACAGUAGACCUUCAGACCAAAAGGCGUGAAGGUACAUUGGAGACAGCCAUCCAGAGAGCAGGACUAUUUAUGAUGUGCAUCUUCAUUGUCCUUGUUUUGGUCUUUGUGGCUUCGGGAAGCUGUGCAGGAAGCGGUGAUUUGUUUUCCAUUAGCAGCUUGUGGACCAGUGCACAUCUAAUGUUACAGCCCUACUGCAGAGUGCACUAUGGUGCCCUACCUCCGAUUUGAUCUUAACACUCCUUCUUAUAAACAUAAAAGUCUAUUCCUCUG